AUGACACGGAGUGCAGAAGCUUCGAGUGCAGCGGAGGAAUACAAGUUCGUAUUUUUAGAAGAAGCUUCAAAAAAGGCCUUUGCCGAAUUCUUCAAUUUCUACUUUCACAAAUAUAUUACGAAUUCAUUCAGAUUUGAUUGCUAUAACAAUAACGCAAACACAAUAUUUUAAAUAUUCCAGAAAAUUGAAAGUUUUCAGCACCACAGAAAAAUUUUUUCAGGAAGCUGUGCAGAGGAGUGUAGUUUGAAAUAUUCAGAACACACUCAAAAAUCAGUUCUAUGAAAUCAAAAAUUGUUACGAUCAUCUAAUAGUUUUUUUAAAUGAAACAUCAAGCUUUAAAUUUUUGCAGAAAAAAAAAUAAAAAUAGGACGAAGAAUUCGGUUAGGGUUUCAUAGACGCGACAUUUCUUACUUAAAACAAAAAAAAAAUUAAGGCUUACUCUCGCUGAGUUAACAUCAAACAACAAGACACAAAUCAACUUGUUGACGAUAUUGGCUGACGAUUACAAACCUCACGCCGAGGCUAUCGUCAACGCCAUCCAGGAGCACAUUUUGGCGGUGAGUUUUCCGGAUUUGAUGUAAAAAGAGUGGUUAGAACAGAGUAAAAUUGGAAAAAAAAGUCAGCUAUUCAAUGCAAUGCAUAAAGUUAUUUUUCCCUCGAUUCAGGUACCUUCACCACAGAAACUACUAGUUCUGUACGUUUGUGACUCCAUCUUGAAGAACGUCAAAGACGAAAACUACGCAAAAUUGUUCUCGCGGAUCAUUGUCAAUAUUUUCACCAACGUUUUUAAAACGGUAUGCUUUAUCGCUUAUAAAAUAUAUAAAAUUAGGUUGUAGUUUUUUUCGUUAUAGGUUGCAAGUGUAUUCAUUUAAAGCUUGAAAAAAAUCCAGUUUUACUUGAAUUUAUUAGAUUUUUGUUAAAUUUUUUUGUUAUAAAGGUCAGUUAUUUGAAAAAUGUGUUGUAGCGUCUAUACGAUUUCGUAUUUCAAAACAUUGAUUUCGAAAAAUUACAUAUAUAUUGAAGUAGCCUAUAGAAUUGAUUGGAAACGCGAUCAUAAUGUAAAGUCAAGUUUGAUUUCUGAGUCUUCCAGGGAAACGAGAAAGUUCGGAGCGCGAUGUACAAGCUACGACUAACCUGGUCGGACAUCUUCAUGCCGUCGCGGCUCUACGAACUCGACAUGAAGGUGAACGCGGUGGACAGCGCCUGGCCGGUGGCGAACCCUCAGACGGGACGCGCCCUUCGUGGCGAUCCUCUCGUCGUCGUUCCACCGCCAGCGGCGCCUCAGUCGGCCUCCGUGUCGACGUCGAACACCAAGGUUCACGUCAACCCGAAGUUCAUACAACAACAGGGCGCCACACAACCAACGGUACAAUUAUUUUCUUUCUUUUCUCAAUCUCAUAAUUAUUAUUUUAUCUCUUUUCAUUCUAAAUGUCACUCGUUGUACAUUCAUUGUUCUUCUCCGUUCUCCUUGAAAAAUCUUGUCGAAUUCAAUAAAUUGGCAACGUUCAGUAAAAUCUCAACUUCUGUUUUUGAAUCCGCGGGUUUCAGCAUUGAUAAAAUAAAGCUUUUCGUACAGAAAGCAAAAAAGCCCAAUUUCAGAUUUGUUACACUUCAAGUUGCAGAAGUCUGGCUUCAUUUAACACUGAAAAUUGCUUUUCUUAAAGGCGGAUGAGAUGGUUCUCAUGGGGAGAGCUUUUCUCAGUGUUCAUUCAAGCCAUGCUCGAUUUCUGUGCCUUGAAAGACCUCAUGAAGCAGUUUUAGAAAACUCUUAGUUAUAGUCGUUAAAAAGUUUGAAGAGCCAGGAUGAUAAGUCACUAAAUUUUCUAAUGAGAAAUCUCUUUAAAAAAAUUACAAGCUACGAAAAAAAUUAAAAAUAGAGCCUCUUUCCGUUUUAAACUCGACUGUAGUAUAGUAUAUAAAGUUUUUUUGAACGGGCUAUAAGUUAUGAAGUUUAAAAAUUUUAGGAAUUAAGACCCCUUUGAACCUAGGAUGCCGGAAAAAAAGUUUGAUUUUUGAUACUUUUUAAAUAUUAAAUAUUUUUUUGGUUUUUCGCUAUAUUUUUUUCCUAUCGGUUUUCAAAACCAGUUACUCAUAAAUCCUUCGAAAAAAUACCAAUAAGAAAAAGAACUUACUAUAUAAGAAAUAAUUAGGAAAAUCAAGUUGAUUGUUCUCUAGUUCGAGUACCAGUAAACUAUCAGGCUCAAAAAAAUCUCCUCAGCAGAAAAAAUAAUCAAAAUUUCCGUUCCUGAACUAUAAUUAAAAAUUAUAAUCAAUUUGAAGUUCGGAGAAAAAUAUCAUUCACUCCAGCUUCGUAGAAUAUUUUAGGUUUCAUUUUCCGGUUUUUUCAGAAAUCUGCGAGCGGCAACGUUGGUCCGAAACCAGUUGCUCCAUCGCAAUCCCUGGUCCGACCAAAUCCGCUUCUGAAGCCCUCGGUGGCCAAAGCGAUGGCUCAAGCUUCAGCCAAACCGCCAAUCGUCAAGAAAGAAGUCGUUAAAAAAGAGCCCGAGCCGGAUGUUUUGUAAGUUACAAACAAAGUAAUGUGAAAAUUAGGGAAAUACGCGGUUUUUCAGGGAUAAAAUUGGCCUCAAGUCUGUGAAAACUAAGGAUGAGCCGAGUACAAGCACCAGUUCUGGAGGACAAUGGGUUGUUCCGGCGAGUUCGAAACGGAAAAUCGAGGAAAUCAACGGAGGGCCGCCACCAGCUCCUCGCAACAGUACGUUGACGGCUGGAUUUGAAAAGCGAAAACGGAGUCCCAUCCAUGAAGUGCCCCAGGACAUGGACCUCAGGCCGUCGGUUCCGAUUAUCAAGUAAGUUUUGAAGAAAUGUUGGUUUAAAAAAAAGUCAUCUUCAAUACAUGUAAAAGAGGACAUGAUAUAGUAGUAACAGUAGCCAAAAUGGGUGAGUAUUAUUCGGAUUUUCGUCCAAAACUUUGUCAAAAACAAUCACAUUGACCUGAAUUUUUGAAAAAUUAAGAAAAAUUGUGUUGUCGACGAUUUGAAAUAAGGUUUUGAACCGAACCCGGAAAAAAAACUUUAAAAAAAUGUUUUUGGCUGUUUUCAAAAUCGCAAAAAUCAACAAACGAAUAUUCAACAGAGCCAGCAAACCGGUAUAAAAAACUUCCAAUUAAAGAAAUUAAGUGAAACAGAUCUAAGAGUUCGUAGCACGUCAUUUGGAUUCGAUAACAGCCUUGCAUAUUCCAACACGCUCAUUAAGAUCUUCUUCCAAACUUCUUCUAUUCGUUUAUUCGAAAUUUAAGAUCAAAACGAUCAAUCAAUCAUUUCAAUCAUUUAUUUUUUGUUGUUUUAGUCUGAUGUAAUCGACUAGGCGGUGAACAAGAACUUUAAAAGCUAUAACGAACAACCGCCUUUGGCGAACUAGAAGUCCAAACCUGUAGUCGAAAGAGUUGAAAGCAUGGUCUUACGGUCCUUCGCCUCGUCCUUCUGCGCGUAGUUCAUCCAGUUGCGCCUUGACGAGCUCAGAAUGUAGUGGAUGGUGUAGCUGGAGCCCGGAGACCGUGCUCUAGGUGGAAGCCUCGGAAUGAGAGCUACCACUUCGAGUGAAGAUUUUACACGGAAUGAAGAUUUUACACGGAAUCACGAUCGUUUCAAUAAAAACUUUUUUCGAAAUUCCAGAUUAAAAAAAUAGUUUUGACAAAGUUAUGAACGAGAAAAAAGAAAACAAAAAUACUCACCCAUUUUCGCUUCUGUAUAUGCAUCAAGUUUUAAUUAAUUUUAAAUAGAACUCGCUUUUGUUUUUCACACGGUUCAACUUUCAGGCCAACACAAGCCUUGGGAGCGCACGCCUUCGCCCAGCCACCACAGAUGCGACCAACCAACAACUCGCCACCUCCAUUCGUGCCGCCGUUCAACGGUCCUCCCCCUGGUCAGAUGCAUCCAAUGCCGCCAGUUUCCUCGGCCUACGGAAUGCCCUUCGCUCAGCCGCCCUCCUCUGGUCAGCCAUUCCGAAUGCCGCCGCCACCGCCCAACGCUCCUACGGGAAUGCCGAGCCAUUCUGCGCCGGCUAUCCAUCCUUCGGUGGCUCACUUGCCCAAACCGGUGAAUAUUCAUUCCUUUUUGAAGUCUUAUCAAGACCGAAAGAAAAAGAAUAUUUUUGAUUUUCCUAACUUUCUAUCAAUUUUUUUUAGAUCAUCACCAGCGAGGCUGUGAAGCUGGACAUCCCGCAGAACAAUCGCAUUUUCGUUGACCAAAAAUCUUACGAAGUGGUUUUCGUCGGCGAGUAUCCUGUUAUCGAAAGAGCUGGACUGCCCCAUAAGUAAGGAAAAAAUUGGUUUUUCAGAAGAAAAUUAUGAAAGUUUUUAUGUGAUGAAAAUAGAUUUUAGAGUAGCUUAAAAUUGACAUUCCUAAAAAUUUAGCCUAAUUUUGGUAGUCUCAGGGUUUUUCAUGUUUUUUUUUCCUGUUUUGGACGUUUUUGAACCUUAGAAUUCUAAUUUGCAUCUUUUUAAUGCUUAUGGAUAUCUCUACUUUUCCGCGAGUUUUGUUUUAUUCAGCUCAAAAAUACGUAAAAAUCUUUGGUCAACAAUAAAUAUCUUUUUAAGGGUCUACUUCUCCGGCCCGCCACGCAACGUUAUCGUCGACGGAGUUCCAUAUAUGCUCUCCUUUGGAGAAACGAAAACCAUCUACAUUGACGACUAUCCUCACCAAAUCCGUUUCGGCGCUCCAAGUCGAGAACUUUACAUGGGCGAACAUCCGUUCAAAGGACAAUUUGGAGGUUUUCUCAUUGAGAAAUUUGAACUCAUCUAAAUUUUUAACAUUUCAGGACCCCCCAUAGCCAUGAAAAUCGGGCAAAAGGUUCAUGAAGUCCGAUUGACUGGCUCUGCUCCAGAAGUCAAAAUCGAGCCGGAUCCGUCCUACGACCUGAUCCCGUUGUUGAACAAGAUGCGCGCCUCGGAAAAGAAACAAGAAGUCAAGCCAGCAGGUAUGCGAUUUUUAAAGGAAAAAGCUAGAUUUCAGUAAUUUUUAGUUCUUACAAUCAUCCUUUUUGAUAUUGAAAGUUGAUCAAAAAUUGAGAUUUUCACGUAGAAAACACAUCGCUGAAAAACAAAAACAAAGAAUGCCAGAUUUACUUUUUAGCUUCAAAUUUUCGCUUUUUUCAGCCCCAGACGUUCCGGAUCCAUUUGACCUUCUCAAAAAGCUCCAACGAAGCGGCUACCUAAAACCGGCAACCAUGCCGCGACCAAUGGAACAGCCACCAAGGAAGCAUUUCGAAAGGAAAAAGGCGCAGAUCGUCGAAGAAGCUCCCUCGGCUGACCGGUACCCCGAAAGUCGGAAGAUCGCCCUGAAUCAUUCCUUUUUCAGCGUUGAAAUCGAACGAAGAGCCACGCCGUCCUCGCUGCAGGAGUUCAACAUGCGACUCUUGAAAAUGUGUGUAGUAAUAAUGUACUUCAAGGCUUUUCGUUCAGAAAUGAUAGAUUUUAUGUUAUCACACUUUCUGGAACUAGUAUCAUGAACAACUGUGAUCUUGAAGAAGACUUAAAAUUUAAAAAAUAGGAAAAAAAAAUGUUUUAGAGAAGUUCCUUACAUUUUGAAGGGUUCACUUCAACUCUUUUGACCAAAAAGUUCAAAUUUCAGAAACGUUAGCUCCUAACAUGUUUUCAAGUAAUUCAAAACUUAUCCCUCAAGUAUUGAUAUAUUUUUUUUAGCAGAGGCCUACUUGUCAAAGGCCAAGAAUCUUUUGCAAAAGUACAAAAAUUGAAUUUAUAAAACUUUCUGGCUCAUUUGAACCGAUUUCUUUCAGUCGCUACGACUCGGUGGUCGGAGAUUUGUUGCGAAAACGCGACGACGCCUGCCGUCACUGUGGCCUGAGGAUGGAUGGAAUGCCGAAAGGAAGCGAGGCCUGGAUGAAACACAUGGAGUGGCACGUAAAACGGAACCUCAGCCAGCAGGAGAACGUCAAGAAGAACCCGUGGUAUCCCAGUGACACGGUUGGUUUUUUGGAGGGGAAUGCGGGAUUUUUGAGGAUAGUUAUCAUAUAAAAAUCUUUCUUGUGAAAUGAACUAGAAAGUAAUUUUUUUAAUAAAAUGAAUUUUUUUCCGUGAGAGAUAACUUUUUUUAAAACAAUUUAAAAAUAUUUAUGUUCUCAUUUAGAUGUGGCCCAAGUUCAAGCCGGAAGAGGAAGAGGAGAACAAGAACGGAGGUUUGAAAUUUCAACUUUUCAGAGGUUUAUUUCCAUCUUUAGAAAGCCCCAGUGAUUCUUCGAACCGUGGCGUGAUUGCUGUCAAAGCGGAAACCGAGGUUUGUUUUUGAAAAUGUUAAAAGAUAAAAAAUGAUCGCUGCAAUGAUAUAAAUCUAUUCGAAAAGCAGUUUUUUUGAGUUUCAGGGAUUUUUUUCUUCUUGUACCGUGGUAUCAGCUCUUAUUUAUUUUUGAACUUUCAGGAAUGUGCCAUAUGUGGAGAAAAGUUCGUCGCUGACUAUGACGAUGAAGUGGAAGAAUGGCGCUUCCGAGACUCAGUUCAAGUGCAGGGAAAGGUGAAUUUUGCAGAAUUUCUGAAAAGGACAUAUGGGUAUUUGACACAAAAUCAGCUAAUUAAAAAAAGUUUCGUGGUUUGUUUCAGUGGAGCUCUGAUAUCCAGUCGGAAGCCAAAAUAACCGUCAAAAAUUAUACUGAACAUUUAGAAACUCUGGAACUCCAGAAUGGUCCCUUUAGGGGCCACUGAAACUUGCCAAAAUUGGUUUUUAUGAACGCUAAGCGAAGAAGAAUUUUCAUGGGAAAAAUUGAAUAAAGUAGCGUUUUUUAAUAAAAUUGAAAAAAUCCCUACAGGGUCCACUUGAGCUUUAGGCUUUCGAAUUUUCCUUUUCAAACGAAAAUUUUGCGAGAAUGCUCAUUUUUCAAUUUUAGACGGUGCACACUUCGUGUGCGGCGGACGUGACGAUCCACGAGGAGGCGUCGACGUCAUCCGCUGCGACGGCGACAACGAAUAUGGCGUCAUCAGAAGAGCCGAUGGACGACGGCGAGUCGCUGACGUCGUUCGAGCUUCGCCAAGUGAAAUACGAGUUCGACGCCGAGUCCCAAGACGUGAAACCUAGCCUGAAUGACGGCUUUUCGCCCAAUGAUUUGUCGUUUUUGUCCGAUGCGAAGAACAUAUUAAACGCGUUACAAAGCCGAUGAGACAGAUCCCUUAAGGACCUUCUUCUUGAAACAUGGUCGUGCAGAAAAAAAAACUUGGAAAAUCAGGAAACAUGUGAUAUCGUUCUUUUUAUCUAUUUAUCCCUAUCUUCAUCUAUGCUUGUAAUAAUCCCCAAACCCGUUGCCAAAAAGUAUCCUUUGUAAAGUUGGGUCCACUCGUUGUUGUUGUUUUUUUUUUUCUUUACUUGUUCUUUUUAUCUACUUUUUUUCUCAUUAGAAACGAUCACUUCUUAUUUUUGGUUUAGUUGAUUCAAAUGAGCUUUUGGGGUUUUGAAGGAGCAUAGGGAUUGAAUUCGUUAGGAUUUUGUAGUAAAACGCUAUUUUGAGGCUUUUUUUUUUGAAUCCAGAAAUCAUAAAAAAUGUGUUUCUCCCUAGCAAUUCUCCUUUAAAAAUCUGCAUUGAGCUUUUCAUAUUUUUUUUUCUAAAAUUUUUGGUGUAAAUAUUGUCAGCCGGCUAGCUGUUAAGGUUUAUAGGAAUUCUUCAUUCAUCAAACAUCUCUGGGUUUUUUUCUCAUUAGAUUCUGAAAUCUUUUUGCCUUUUCCACCUCAUUUCAUCUACUUUUUUCCUUCGUUUUCUGUCGGCUUGCCGCGUGGACGAACGACUCCGCUUCAACUUCAGCACCGGAAAACUUAUAAAAUCCAAUAAAUAAAGAGUUUUUUUUUCUAAAUUUUUCCACACUGCUUCUUGGUGAAAUAAACACAAAAAGCGAAAAAAAAUGAAAUAAAGAAAUGGUCCUUCUUCUAUUAAAUCUUGAUUUUUCAUUGUUGCAUAUAUUAUAUGUACUUGGUGUUAAUAAAUAAUUCAAAAAUUUGAAUGUUUUCGUGUAUUUACGUGAAAUUGCGUUAUGGAUAUGUGGACGCUGGAAUUUUUACAAUUUUCUAAACAGCCCUGAUUAUUUUAGUAUAACUUUUUACGCGUUUUGAUUGAAAAAAAGGGAUCUUGUUCCAAAAUGCAUCACAGUAACUCCGAAACAGAAAAAAAAUGGUCAUGGGCGUGACUAAAUGCAUCGGGGGCGCAACUUAUUGCAAUGGGUGCGCGAUAUUGAGAGCCGAUUUUUGUGCAUUUACUGGAUGCAAAUAUAGUCUCACCAGGGAACGUUUUUUACCCCCCGGUUGAACUUUUGCUGAAACUUUGCUGAAGUGUACUUUAGGACCUCCUGAUUCCAAAACAAAAAGAAAAUUUCUCGCAAUAGAUCUCGUUUUCGAGUUAGGACACUUCAAAAGCCCAAAAUAGCGCUUUUUUGGCCUAAUUUGCCUAUUUUGCACACUUUGGAGCUCUAUAACUCGGAAACAAGAUCUAUUGCGAGAAAUUUUUUUCUUGAUUUGCAAUCAGGAGGUCCUAAAGUACACUUCAGCAAAGUUUCAGCAAAAGUUCAACCGGGGGGUAAAAAACGUUCCCUAGUCAGGCACUGACGGCGCGUGUUUGUUGCCAAAAGUGCGCAUGCGCGCCGCCUGCUGCGCGCACGCGCGGGGUGUCUCUUUUCUUUUUUAGCUUUUUAACUAAUUGAAAAGUUAUAAAUUUAAUAUUUUUUUCAUGUCUGUUCAUCUCUUUAACAUUGCUCUGCACCAGUUUAUAACAAUUAGAUUGCCCAAAAAUUUUAAAUAUCAAAGUUUCACUUGGCAAUUCUUUUUCAUAAAUUUGUUCGAAAGUGCUCGGAACAACUUUAAAACGUGAGCAGGGACACAAGGUAGUAUCACAAAAAUAUAAAAAAUCUAUUUCAAAACCGUAUUUCAGUGAAAAAGGCGAAAAAAGAAUCAGUACCCCCGCGCGUGCGCGCACCAGUGCCUGAGGUAUUAAUGAAUGUUUUUUCAAGGCCUCUCCAAACUUUUAGAAUAACUUGGAUGUAUUUAACGCAAAACAACGCCCAUUUUUUACGCCUGCGCUCCCCUGUUUUGAAACACUGUGUUUGGGACGAAAAUGAAAAUUUUACGUUGGAAAAGCGCUUUUUUCCGAUGCAGGAAAAGGAGUUCGUUCCAAUUUUCGUUUUCUACUCCAAUUCACUGGUCCUUUCCUUUUUUGGUAUUGAUUUGGUUUGUGAAUCAAUGUUCCUAGGCCAUGUCGACGAUUUCGGUGAUCGUCGAGGCCAAUUCCUGCGCCUGGGGCCGAAUGGCGUCGAUCCACGGCAGGCAUUCCAUCGAAGUUGUUCUCAGGGCCAUUGUUAGUGAAAAUAAGAAUGUUUCGAACAUCAUAAAUUAUUACAGGUUUCUUUCUGCAACUCCCACUUGGCCAUAUCAGCGUCCAAUCAAGUUUUGGUUUUUGCCUACGCGAGGGGAUUGCACAAAAAGGUUUUUUUCUCCUCUGUUUUAUUCUGUAUUCCAUGAUGUUUUUUGUACGUAAUGAAUGAAAGGUCGCUGGAUCCAGAAAAAAAUACUUUGAAACGUUUUAAGCUUCAAAAGAAGGCGCUUCCGCAAUAAUACGGUUGACUAAAUUAAUUUCAGCUUCUGUUCAACUCGACCCGAUCAUCGGACCGCGAUUCUUCGGCGACGAUUCUAGCGGGCUUCCGGGCGGCUCUGGUGGCCGAUGCUGAGUCGGACAACAUUGAAGUCGGCUCCUCACUCGCCCCAGCCAUGGCUCAUGCUAUUUGUCGUGAGCUUUGACUUAUUCGUCCAUUCCGCUCAAAGUUUUUUGUUUUUUUUUUUUUGUCAAAAUUAACGGUUUCGAAGUUGCAUGAAUGACGUUCGAAGUAGAGUCCUUCAGUCUUUUUUUGUUCUAGCCUUUAUUUUUUCAAUUUAAGGCUUCCUACCUGUGUAAAGUAUGUAUUAAAACUAAUAGAACAAUGACUGUUUUAACAGAUAUGAAGCGAAGAGAAGCUGUCCUGAACACUUCCGAUGAACAGCAGACGCCUCUGGCCACCACCGAAGCUUCAAACAAUGAGAAAAACGGCGCUGAUCCCAAUAUCCGCGCUGUUGUCAUUGGAAUGACAUCCUUUUUUGGGAGUGAACAUGGUGAGAUCGAACAAAAAUGAACUCAACGGGUAAUUUUGAUAAUUGUUAUGAACUUUAAGCGAAGAAGCAUUUCCAUGGGAAAAACUGAAUAAAUAAACGUUUUUUGCAUGAAAUUGAAGGGUCCUUUAUCACUUCUUCGACCCCUAUAGGGGUUGCUUUCUUCCCUAACCCCUAUAGGGACCACUUUAGAUUUCUAAGAGCACUGCACAUGGUUUAUCGCCUUGGAACUUUUGAAAACCUUGCCUGUCCUCCUUUAAAAACCUAAACAAAAGUUAUUUUGAACGGAUCACAUAGAAGUGCAUUUCUUUCUGAAAAUCGUGGCUUUUUUCUAAUCAAGACCUAAUCUGAACGAAUUGCAGUAUCCCUGAUGAACAUUUUCUUCUCGGCGGCCAAGCAGUCGAUUUGCGUCGACGUUGUGUCUCUUGGCGACGACGCCACGGGCGGUGUUCUUCACCAGGCCGCUGACAUCACCGGAGGACUUUUUCUGCAUGCCUCACGUCCCAUUAACUUGCUCCAGUUACUCAUGGUUAUAAAAUUCAAGGAGCUUUCAAAUAAAGUUGAAAUAUUUUAGACGCACGUCCUCGGCGAUCCGUCAUUAAGGAAGAUUUUCCCUCAACCGACCUUAUCUGUUAGUAUUUUUUGAUAUAGCUGAUUCGCGGCUAGCUUGGGACGCAAAAAGGCGUGGCCUGUCUGCGCUCUCCACUAAUCAAAAACUGUCUCUUGUCUUUUCGUGUCAGGACUUUUUUUUUCGAUGGCUCAAGCCAGCCGUAAAUCAGCUGUUGAAACAUUCGAGUGCUGCUUUUCGUUAUGAAAAGCUCAAAUUUCCAGGCCGUUGACUACCGUGCUUCCUGUGCUUGCCACCACCAAUUGGUCUCGACCGGCUGGGUCUGUUCUGUGUGCCUGUCGGUCCUCUGCCAGUUUAUGCCGAUUUGCAAAGUUUGCAAGUGAGUUUAUAGACAUUGCAGUUGAAUUAUAAAAUUUCUGAAUUGUUCAAAUUUAAAAAAAGUUCAAAAAAAUUCUUGUAACUAAAAUUUUUCAAAAAAAUGAGGAUUUCAAGCUCAAAAAUCACUUCAGUUUGACUGUACCUUUUUUUUAAAAAACUAACCAUGAAAAAGAUUCUAAUGGAAAUUUUGAGAAAACUCACUAAAAAAAAAAAAAAAUUUGAAAACAAAUUAGUUUUUUUCUUCCAGUGCCGUCUUCAAAAAUCACGCCCUUGCCGAGGAAGACGGUGAAACGAAAGAGGAAAGAAUAAUCGUGGUUUUUUUUUUUGCGGCAUCGGAAUAA